AUGACGGCCGACACCCUCCCCAAAUGGCUCGCCCUACCAGCCUCACGCCGACGAUGCUCCUAUAUCUUCGUUAUCUUCGUCAUUAUAGUCGCCGUCUAUGAGUUCCGCACGCUACUUCUCCCUCCUGUCGUAUAUCCACUCUACGAGAGCAGCCAGGGCCAGAAACUAGCCCGAGAUCUUUCGGCGCGUGAUCUCCUCGCCCGUCCCAUCCCUCACGACUUCAAGACCCUUCCGAAACUCAUCCACCAGACAUGGUUCCCGGCCGGCAGCAACAUGUCUGAGCGCGCCCAAGUCUGGGUGGAAACAAUGCGCGCGCAGAACCCGGACUGGGAGUACGUGCUCUGGGACGACGAGACAGAUCGCAUGAUCGUGGAGCAGCAUUUUCCUUGGUUCCUGGAGACGUACGAUAAGCUGCCGCAAGAGAUUCUGAGGGCUGAUGUUGCAAGGAACUUCUACAUGUAUCUGGUGGGAGGAAUGUACGCGGAUGUAGACACUGAAGCCCUCCGGCCCGUUGAACCGCUCUUCCUAUCGCACGACACACCCCUUCUCUCCCACCAGAUCUCCCUUAAUAAAGCACCUCCUCUACCGCUCCAGAAUCACCCCCAAACCCAACGCGCCUUCCUCGGCCGCAUGUCCCGCAACCCAGACCUCAACAGUAACGCGGCCGUGCCGAACGGCUGGAUGGCCUCCUCCCCGGGGCAUCCCUUCUGGCUGCUCCCUGCGCUCCACGUGCUCGAGCGAGCCGACAGCGGCGGCGACGGGUCCGUCGAGGAUCUCACAGGCCCGGGAGCCCUGCAGCGCAUGGUCCAGAAAUACUUCGCGGACUCGAAGCAUGGAGCCGGGGCAGUGCGACGACAAGUAUGCGCCAAGAUCCAGCAGAGACAACCGAGCUGGUCGCUGUUCUGCGAUGUCGAAAUCAACGACUCGUUGGUGUUGUUGCCGCAGCGGCAGAUCUAUCCAUUUAGUUGGGUCGAUGAUGAUGUGAAGGCUUGUUUGGCUGCGUUCGGCAAUCCGGAGUUUGAUCCGGAGGUGUGUAAACGGGAGAUUAAUAUCGAGGAGUGGCCGAGCUAUUUUAUUACUUAUUACUCGACCGAGCCGUUGGCUAAUUUGGAUGUGCGUGUCAGAUCAUGGGUAUUCUGGUCGAAUCUCACGAUUUUGUUUAAUAAGUGGGUGAUCAGCUCGACUGAGUUUCAUUACCCUGUCAUCCUCACGACAUGGCACCUCGUCUUCGCUACGCUAGUCACCCAGAUCAUGGCACAUACGACCACGCUGCUAGACGCGCGCAAGACCGUCGAAAUGACACCACGAGUCUACCUGCGCGCCAUCGUUCCCAUCGGGCUACUCUACAGCGGCAGCCUGGUCUGCAGCAACGUCGUCUACCUCUACUUAAACGUCUCUUUUGUCCAGAUGAUCAAGGCCGCCGGACCGGUCAUCACCCUCCUCACCAGCUGGACCUGGGGCGUUGCCCAACCCUCUCUCUCCGUCUUGAUCAACAUCCUCAUCAUCGCCGCCAGCGUCGGGCUCGCCGUCGCCGGUGAGAUCCAGUUCUCCUGGAUCGGGUUCCUCUUCCAACUAGCCAGUCUCGUCUUCGACGCCAACCGCCUCAUCAUGAUCCAGAUCUUGCUGUCGGAUGAGGGCCAGCGCAUGGAUUCCCUCGUGAGUCUGUAUUAUUCGGCGCCGGUCUGCGCGGUCAUGAAUUUUCUAGUCGCUUGGCGGACUGAGUGGGCGGGCUUUCAGUUCGGUGAGAUCUCGCAGAAUACGUGCGCCGCGUUGGUUCUGAAUGCGGCUGUUGGGUUUAUGUUGAAUGUGUCGAUUUUUGUCUUGAUCGGCAAAACCUCCGGCUUGACCAUGACGCUAGUCAGUAUCCCGAAAAACAUCCUUCUAAUCUUCGCCUCCGUUGUGAUCUGGCACACGCACAUCGGUGCGUUGCAGAUCCUCGGGUACGCGAUUGCCUUGUCAGCUCUGGUGUAUUACUCCCUUGGAUGGGAAAAGUUGAGGUGUCUGUGGGAUGAUGCAAGGGGUUGGGUUUACGGGUCUAAGGGAUAUGAUGUCGUGGGGCAGGAUCGAGUCUGA